AUGUCCAUAAAGUUUUCAAUCGGACGGUUUGUUUUUCCUGUAGUUACAAGGACACUCUUACGCUGGCGUUGUUUAUAUUUUUUUCCCUAGGUAAGUGAACGUGAAAAAGUUUUAAAGAAACAGUUUGCAGGAUUGAAAUUGCGUUUGAAAUUAUUUGUUUACAUGGGAUAUGUCACUAUUAAGCGGAAUGGUUUUCCUUUGCUUGGCUGAGAGGAAGGGGGAGGUGUAGGAGGCAGCUUAAAAAAUAAGUUGCCUGUUCCAGUUGUGGCCUUCAGCCACAGCUAAAUUGAGAGUCGCCUCACAGUAGCGAAUGCUAUCUUUGCGGCUGGUGUCUUGCCGGUUUCUCAAACAGCCAUAGAAAGUUCAAAUAUGUUUGUUGAUCACGAUCACUUUGUUGCCUCCACAGACUAAGAUCUGACUUUACAACAGAUCUUUCGUGCAUUCCUAGACCUCCCAGCAGGUUCUGGUUCGUGCCAAGUGAAGAAUCUGUGUUCAUUCCUGCAAAUUCUUUGUAGUGGUUACGUAUUUUGUUGUACAUUAUUGCUUAACAAUAGAUUAGUAAUUUGUGAUUUUACUUUUUUGUUACGAGUAACUACAGUGAAGUAGUAGCAUGAGAGCACCUUUGUGUUCUGACACUGCAGAUUUAUGCCCUGAAGAGCAGGGCUGCCUUGGACCUAACGGUGAACGAAGUGCUGAGAUACAAACUAUUGAGAGAUCAUUGGAACGAAACAACAUUACUAAGACAACAGUAUUUGGAGUUUGUCUGAAAAAUCUGAUGGGCACAACGCCACAUGUUGCUCCGCAAGUUCCUUUUAUAUUGUCCCGUCUGUGCUGCUAUAUAGAGAAGCAUGGAUUAUUUCAUGAACGCUUGUUCCUUGAAGGAGAUGAGUCAAAAGAAAAAUUAAAAAUAGAGUUUAUUAAAUCUGUUGAUGCUGCUUUAGAAACAGAUGACAAUGUAUCUUCGGCAGCAAAAUUACUCAUAAUAUUUUUUGAAGAACUACCAGAACCAUUGAUUCCUGUACCUCUCCAACAAGAUUUCAUUAAAGACAUGGAGAAACUUUCUUUAAAAUCUUCUGAACAUGUUUCACAACUGAAAAGAAAUGUGGAAAAAUUACCCAAUGAUGCAUAUGAUGUCUUAAAGUAUUUUUCAAGAUUUUUGCUUCAUGUGUCAAAUCAUAAGGAAAUCAAUGGGAUGAGUCCUGAUAAUCUUGGAUUAAUAUUUGGACCUGUGAUGUUCAGAUUAUCAACAAAUGAUCCUGUUAUUCAUCUUGGGGUUCAGAAUAUUGUAAAUCAUUUUGUUCUUGACUAUCAUGCUAUAUUUGAAGAUGAUUUAAAAAAAGAAAAGUAUGAAAAUUGUCUGCAACCAAAAACACGAAUACAAUUGCCUUGCCCGUCUUCUGUAAUGCCUGUGAUGCCUCUUAUGCCACUGAGUGUAGUAAUCCCUUCUGCAAAUUCAAAUAUGAAUGAUGAAAAAAUGAAAAAGAAUAUUCCUGUUCUAUUGAUAGAAAACAAUGCAGAUUCACUACUGGAAUCACCUAAAGUCAAUUUGGAUUCCACUCAAAUAAAAGUUGUUCCGGUAACCCGAAAACGCAAGGAACGAAGACUGUCCGGAGAAGAUUUACAGCAACGAUCUAGUUCUGAAGAAAGGCCUACUGCUACAUCAUUAUCUUUGAACAAAAUAGAGUUGACUCGCAGAUGUAACAGUCAUGAAGAGAUAAUAGAAGUUCUUAAUAAAGCAAAUAAUACAGAAAUGAACCCACUGACUCCUCUGAAGUUUUUUGCUCAAGCUUCAAAUUUGGACUCAACUUCAGCUGAAAAUGAAAAGAAUCACAGCCCUCAUCCUCCAUAUGCCAAAAGACGUGAAAUGGAACCAACUAUUGAUAAAUCUGAUAUAGAGAUGUUACCUGUUCCUUGGCAAAAAUCUUGUCUUUCAAAUAUUUCUGCAGAUGCAAGCUUUGUUGAAAAGUCUCAACACUCUGUCAGACUUGAAAAUAAUUCUACGCAAAAUUCCGUUGCUGAAUUUGAUGAAAAAUGUACCAUGGAGUGUGAUACAUCUGAACCUUUUUAUGAUAAAGAGUGUUCAAGCACUGAUGUUGAAUCAGAGUUCAGAAAAAGUGAGAAAGUUAGCAUUCCAAGACCAGCAAGUUGUCCUCUUCCUUGGCAUAACUCUGAUGCUGAUGGUUCCUUGGAAUCUGAAAACAACUGCCUUUCAUCCAGUUGGAGUUUAUUGUUUGAAGCAGAAGAUUCUGAGCCAAUGCGAUCUGAGCAACAUCUUCGUUGGCCACUAACCAAAGAAGAGCAAGAGGAUAAUGCUCUGCUUUCCCCAUCAGUACAAACCCUUCGUAGAUCAAAUUAUGAAGCACCUCUAUCACCCAGUGCAUUUCGAAGCUACUUAUCUUAUCGAAGUAGUCACUUGGAUUCAAGUGUACCUCCAUCACCUCCUGUUGAGCAAGAGGAUUUUGCUAAAAAAAUGAUAGAAGCUAAUGGAGUUAAUGAUUCAAUCAAGAAACUGACCAAAAGAAUACAUAGUAUAAAGAAAAAAGUCAGAAAAUUUGAAGAGAAAUUUGAAGCAGAAUUUGGAUACAAACCUUCCCAUGCAGAAAAAGCAAAUAAUCCUGAAACUAAAAAGCUAAUGAAUGAUUUGCAUAAAGCAAGAAAAGAACUGAAAGUUUUAAAGGAAGAAUCUCAUCUUGAACAUGUAAGUCCUGCUGCAGAUUGGCAUGCAUUUAGUGUUCCUCACAUUUUAGAAGAUGCCACAAACCACGUUCAGGAAACUUGUAAAGUAAAGCCUUCCAUUGAAGAGUCUUUUGGAAGUACUAUGAAAUUCUUGUCUGAUGAAAGAAUUCUGGCUAAUAGGCCUGAAGCAUUUGAGGAAAUGACAACUUCACAAGUUAAAGAUGAAAAGAUAGCUAUUCAGAAAUUAUUGUUAGGAUUUGAAAAUACUCAUGGAAGACCUCGCUCAAAAUCCGAACGAGAGACUAUGAAACCUUUGUAUGGUAGAUAUCGUGACUGUAAAAGGAUACUUGGGAAAUAUGGAUCUUUUCAAGGAGCUAUUGCAAAAAAUAAAGAUUUAUGCAGUGAUUUACAACCACUUUGGGAAGAUAAAGAAGUGAGCUUCAGUUCGCCUAGGAAUGAUGCUGAUACUCAGUUGGAAGAUCAACUAAUCAUUACAAAUGAAAAAAUUGCAAUUGAGAAGGAGGCAGCAUUUUUGGAACCUGUCUCUAAUAAAGAAGAAUCAAAAUCUGUAUCAAGUAGCUCAUUGGCUCUAAAGUAUGAUAAUUCCAACAUUCAUGAAUUGCCAUUGUCAGAAAUGAUAUUUCAAUUACAGCAAGUAAAAUCUGAAAAGAGACAUUUGCGUAAAAUUUUGAGAGAGUUUGAAUCUGAAUUCUUCAAAAUAAAUGGAAGGAAAGUGCAGAAAGAAGACAAAUCCCCCGUGGAAUCUCUCUACAAUGAAUACAGACUUGUGAAGGCGAGACUAAAACUGCUUGAUGCUCUUAUUUCCAAGCAUGAUCAACAUCAACUUAUGUAACUUUAUGCAACUGUACCAAAUCAUUCUACCAUCUGCAGUUGUAAAUGUGUUCCUUCAUUUGUUAUUGGACUAGAAAAAUUAUUUCAUUUUUCUUUGUACUAAAUGCAAUGUUUUUCAUGUGUUUUCACAUGCUAGUCCUAUGCUAUAAAUACUUAUGCAUCUGCCAUAACUGUGCAUUUCCGAAUGCCACCUGGGCAAUAUAAUCUAAAGCUUGUCUUUUAAAUAUUUUUAAACAUAUAAGUUUUACUAGAAUGUGUGAACAUAUGAGUGUUACUGUUGUGCAGCUGGAAAAAUAAGCGAUUGUCUUUUGUUUGAUGCAAAUGAUGGUAUUUGUUUGUUUUAAUAAACAUGUUUAGCUGUUGUUAAAGUGCCUAUUUUUGGCUUUAGUUUUUUUCAUGAUCUUAUUGUAUGUUUACUUUUUUUGUUAUGAAAAAUUUAGCUUUAUAAUUAAAAAUAUAUAAUUUUUGAAAAUUUGAGAACUGCAUUUUUAAGUUAACAUUUGUUUUACCCUCUCCCUUUUUGGUAAUUUUUUUGACUAACUAAUGUGUACUCACAAUUGCACAUCUUGGUUUUAACAAUUUAACACUUUUAAUGCAAUUUCUUGACAGCAAAAACAGAAUUCACAAUUAUUUAAAUUUGUUUUUAAUUAAUAUCUACGCCGAUUUUGUUAUGCAAUCAAAAAUUAAUUUUUAUUCAAAAUGCUUCAAUUGUGGAUAAAUGAAAAUAAUUUACUGGGCUAUAUUUUAGGAAAGCAUGCUUGUCUUUGUGAACUUUCAAAAGUAUAUGCAUAUUUUUGAAGCAGAUUUUUCAUGAAUGUUUAACAAAAAUGUUUUUUAGAAUUAUGUCUAAAAGUAACAAUUUCAACACAUUUUUCUGAAAGUAUUAACAAUUUUUUUAACCUAAUUCAAACACAUUGUUUUUAAUUGUUUUUUGAUACAGUUUGUGUAAUGUUUACUGUGUGUGUGUGUUUUUGUAAAUAUUCUAUGAUCAGAAUCACUGCUUAAUAAGUAAUUUAGCAAUUAUCAGUUUUCUGUGUUGCAUUUUGUGUUGAAUAUGAAGAGUUUUUGUGUUAAAUUGCACUGUUUUACUAGUGCUGUUUUUUUUUUUUUUUUUUUUUUUAAUUAUAGCUACAUGACGUUAUUUCUUUUAGUACUAAGUGCUGUUGACUGAUUGUUUUGCAGACUUUAAUAUCAGUUGAUGGUUAACAUUUUGUUUAAAAAUACCAUGUUUUUAUCAUCUUUCUUCUUUAUCAUUGUUUCUAUGAUUUAAAAUGAAACAAAACAUUUGUUAUAUGUGAUAUUUUAUUAUUUUCUCAGUAUUCAGUGUUAAUUCAUGUUAUUUGAAAAUAAAUCCAUUAUAGAAUAGAA